CCGCGAUGCCGUAUAUAUCCGCGCGCCGAGCUCCAGGGUGAGCCGCCUCCCCCCCUCCACCCCCUUCGCAAAUCACCAAACUGCCCCUUCGCCGUUCGUUGAAAAAGUAAGGCGAGAGCCAAACGAGGAGGGGAAAGCGAAAAGGAUUUUUCAGAUUUUGCGGCAGCCACCGACCGACCGGCCCCCGAGCUGCAGCGAGCCACCUUCCCCCGACAUGACGCCGCAUCUGCCCGCCGUCUCCACCACCACCUCCUCCUCCUCCGCCACCACCUCCCGCGCCGCCGCCGCCGCGCGCCACCACCUGCUCGGCGCCGCCGCGGCCCCGCCGUCCUCGCCGCACCACCGCCGCCGCCGCCGGCGCCGGGUCCCCGGCUGCGGCCCCCGCCCGCGCGGCGCCCCCGUCCGCUGCUGCGCGGCGGCGGCGGCGCCCGCGCCGCAGGCUGCGGUGCCGGCGCGGGCCCGCGCCGGGGCGCCGGGGGCCACCACGCGCGUCUUCGUGGUGUCCGACCUCCACACGGACUACCCGGAGAACAUGGAGUGGGUGCGCCGCCUCCCCGCCGAGGUCGGCGCCGGGGAGGGCGCCGGCGUCGACGCGCUCGUCGUCGCGGGGGACGUCGCGGAGACCAGGGACAACUUCGCGCGCACCAUGGAGGUGCUCAGGGGCCGCUUCGGGGCCGUCUUCUACGUCCCCGGGAACCACGACCUCUGGCUGCGACGCGAGGGCGGCCGCUACAUGGAUUCGCUGGAGAAACUGACUGCAUUGCUUGAUGCGUGUAGUGAGCUGGGUGUGGAUACAGGCCCAAGAAUGAUAGGUGACUUGGGAAUCAUACCAUUGUUCUCAUGGUAUCACAAGAGCUUUGACAAGGAGAAGGAUGUUAACAGCGUGCGUGUCCCUUCUCUAGAGAUGGCUUGUAAAGACUUUCAUGCUUGUAAAUGGCCUUCAGACCUGGCAAAUGAUGAUGAGUCUAUUGCUCUUUACUUCGACAAGUUGAAUGACAAGAACCAUGAUGCUAUUGAAGAAGUAAAAAAUAGCAGCAAGCAGAUACUAACAUUUUCACACUUUGUACCAAGGCAAGAGUUGUGUCCGGAGAAACGGAUGCUUUAUUACCCAUACCUUCCAAAGGUCAUCGGUUCUGAUUUCCUGGAGAGGAGGCUGAGAGAUAUACACAGCAACAGAAAAGAUGGAGCAGCUUGCCAUGUUUUUGGGCACACACAUUUCUGUUGGGAUUCUGUGGUUGAUGAGAUCAGGUACGUACAAGCACCUUUGGCGUACCCCCGGGAAAGAAAACGGAGAAUGAAUAGCGAAGGUUGGCUACCGUUUUGUGUAUACCGUGACGGCUUCAACCCCGAAAUAUAUCCAGCCUUGUGGUCGGACUACUACAACAAGAACAAAAGGGAGCCCGAGAACACUCAGCUCGCACCGUGGGUCGCCAGGCAUUUCGCGAAGUACCAUAAGUUCCACUGACCCCUACUGGAGUUCAUGUUUGCCAAAUUGGAUGCAGUUCGUCCGGUCAGGACGGUGCUGGAGCCUGCAUUUACCUGGAGGAAAAGGGAGAUAUUGACGUUUCACCUGUACAUGAUUUUUUUUUUGUUUCCACUCUUACCAUAGACUUUUGGGCAAGGAAGCGCAUGCCUGUGUUGAAUGUAUGUCGCAGGGAUCAGAAUAAUGUGUAUAAGAUUCUUCGAAGCCUUUCUGCAGAGAUAGUGACAUAUAGCUUAUUCUGGUCAUCUAACCAGCCCCAUUUUACUCCAGUCGUGAAGUUGUAAUCUGCGAAAUCACUGAGAAAUCUGCUUCGAACCCCACGUAUUCUGAUACUUUGGAACCUUGCAUUUUUUGAA